GAGGCCGUUCGAGCGUCGCGCGAUUUAAUACGGAAUUUGGAAGAAAACUUGAUUCAGUGUCGCCUGUAUUCAGUCUGAAACAAGGCUCAUUGCAUUUCAUGACAGGCUAUUGUGUUAUACAGCUGCCAUGGCCACUUAUUUAGUCACACCCCUUAAAACAUUUUUUUUUUAACAAAUAUUUAUUGAUGUGAUAAGUUGAGUUAAGUUUCGUUUUGCUGUAACCCCACCCUCUCUAGAUUUCAGCCGUGUCCAACGCCUCAGUUGAUGCGUGUAUGUUUAUCUCGGCAACUUUCUUCAAGUGCUACGCAACUGGAUCCGCGAAGAAAUGGAAAGAAGACACAUAAAAGGUGAUUACAAAGAUGAUGAGAGGACUUGCGAGAAAGCCAGUGACCAAGGAUGGGAUCAAACCCCAACUGGCCAGCGACCUAGAACCUACAGUAACCGACGACCUAGGUUUUCCCAAAUGCAAAUAAAUUCUCAGACAUCUACUAGUCGCAAUUGGAACACUGAAGAAUUUCUACCUAACGAUGGCCUGUCUCUCAGGCCAGGAGGAGGAACAAGCUACCAAAAACAACAACCCCGCUUUUUCCAUGCAUGCCAAAGCUCACCCACUUCUCUGACCGGCCAGAAUCCAGCUUCUCAGACUGGUCAUACUACUGAAAUUGGUGAAGAUCCGCAAAUACCCAUUGUCUCUCAACUCAGCCAUAACCAGCAGACCUCACAGGCUGACCAGAAUCAGAGCCAAGGAAAAGGAAUGGAAAGAACUUCGCUGUCAUUGGACUCCUCAUCCACACCAACAGAUCGCUCACCUGCCGAACUGAGACUGGUGUUGGUAGGCAGGACCGGGGCAGGCAAGAGUGCAACAGGAAAUACCAUACUGGGGAAAAAGUGUUUCCGCUCACAGCUGGGUACGAGCUCAGUGACCAAAGAAUGUGAGAGAGCACGUGCCACUGUGCGAGGGCGAAAUCUGCUUGUGGUGGACACACCGGGUUUCUCUAAUGCCAUGCUAUCCCAGGAUGCCGUGCAGCAGGAAGUGCAGAGGUGCCGUGAGCUGUGUUCACCAGGCCCCCAUGCCGUGCUGCUGAUCGUUCCUCUGGGACGCUUCACAGAAGAGGAAAGACAGGGAGUCGACACAAUCCAGCAACUCUUCAGUAAUGAAGUGCCCGGUCGCACCAUACUUGUCUUCACCCAUGCUGACAUGCUAAAGGGAAAGUCCAUCCAAGAUUUCAUUUCCAAACAGAGUCAAAACAUUCAGGAGCUGGUAGAGAAGUUCAGUCGUCGCUUCAUAGCCAUCAACAACAGAGACCCAGGAGACGGAAGGCAAGUGGACCAGCUCCUAGAGAUGGCUGAUAAUCUACGCAUGCUGCAUCUGGCCAACCCUGCCAGCCCGUUGCGACUGGUCCUUGUGGGCAGAACUGGUACGGGCAAGAGUGCAACAGGAAACACCAUACUGGGGAAAAAGUGUUUCCCCUCAGAGCUCAGCAUGAGCUCUGUAACACAAGAAUGCCAGAGAGAGAAGGGCGUGCAAGGGCGUGAUCUGGUUCUGAUUGACACACCUGGCCUGUUUGACACAUCGCUUGCCGGGGAAGUUGUGCAACGCGAGAUAAUCCGGUGCCUUACCUUUUCCUACCCGGGGCCACAUGCAGUGCUGCUAACAGUGCGUCUUGGAAGCUCCACUGAAGAGGAAUGGCGUAGCAUCGACAUGAUUGAGGAAAUGUUCCAGGCCGAAGUCAGGCGCUACAUUAUUCUCGUCUUCACCCAUGCAGACCAGCUGGAGGGAAAUCAAAUCCAGGACUUCAUCAGGCAAGACCCGAGACUCCAGAAGCUUGUGAAGCGGUUUGACGGUCGCUAUGUAGCCUUUAACAAUAUGGACUCGGAAGACCGCAGUCAGGUGACCCAGCUGCUGGAGAUGGUUGACAGCCUUCUGGUACGCAAUGAGAAUCAGUAUUUCACCAACCACCUCACACAGGAGAUAGAGGGGGCUGUGGCUGAGCUGCUGUCAGAGGCUAGAGCUAAGGGGGAAGGGAGUGGUGGCAGGUUCCAGACCUUUUACAGAUGGUGCCAAAGUCAUCCUUUUAUCCUUCUUGCUGUAGGGGUCGGCGGGCUUGCAAUGGGGCCUUUAGUGAUGGGUGCCAUGGCCCCUGCAGUAGUCACAACAGAAGUUGGAGUAGGAGCAGGAGCAUAUCUGGCAAAUCUGAUGAUAACAAUCGGUCUGGAGGACGUAGCUGUAAAUGCAAUACUGAUGAAGCUAGCAGCUAAAGGCCUACUGGGUGGUGUAGGGGUGGUUGGUGGGGGAGGUGGGGCAGCAGGGGCAGCGGCAGCAGCAGCAGGGGCAGCAGCGGCAGCAGCAGGGGCAGUAGGGGCAGCAGCAGGGGCAGUAGGGGCAGCACUUGCUGCUGCACAGUGUUGUAUACAGUAAUCUUGUGGAUUCACACUACGUGAACAUAAUAUUUUUGUCUUUAUUGUGGACACAUGGUCCAUACUAGAUUAAAAUAUAUACAAAUACAGCACACAGAAAACAAUGACAAUAAAUAUACAGUAAUGACAAUCCAUAAAUUACAGACAAAUCACAAUACUAUAUUCAUGAAUUCAUAUGCACCUUCACAUAAUACUGACACAUUAUACUGCAUUAUACAUACAUACAUUAUACUGUUUCUUUAUAAAUAUGCGCAUGUUAAUAGAAGAGUGUAGAUGAACUUUUACAGUAAUCAAACUUUUUUUGAUAGAAUGUCCCUUGAUUGUAUUAUUUUAAUUUGGAGUGUAACAUGUUGCUUCUGUUUUAGUGGUGAAGAUAAUAAUCUAAAUCUAAUUCCAGUCAAUGCCAUUUACAUAACCACAUAUACAUAUCUAUGCAAUUGUUUUUUCAUUGCAAUUCAAUUGUCUUUAUUAUUUCCCAAUUUUUUUUCAUCAAAAUCAUAGUAAUGCAUACUCAAGACACCAUCAUUGUUCACACUACUCUAUUCGCUAUUAUACUCACAACUGGUAAUAAAAUGAAAUAAAUAAAAUAUAAACAUUCCUCA